UGAGAAGUGGUGUUCCUGGAAAGUUGUUUGGUUUGUUUGUGAGUCGCGAUGGUGAAGGUUAAGUAAAUCUAGGUUUGUCAGUAUGGGAAACGUUACCUUUCUUAAAGAAACAACCUGUUUUCGUUAUCACUAUUCUAAGAGAGAAUCCAAAAUAGCUUUAAAAACAGUCUAAUUACCGUCAGUGUCUUUGAGUCAAGUAGCUUUGUCCCCAGAUGACCUGUAUGGAAACCCGAGACCAAGAAAGGUAAGAGCAAGUGUGAAGGAACUUGCAGAAAACUGUUUACACCAUGAUGGGCCAUUUGCUUUUGAUUUUUGUAUUUCAAACAAAUGCAAGAAUUCUGUCCUAGGUUAAAUACCAGUCUUUGUUAUCUGUAGGGUAACAUGCUUAUAUCAUCAUGGAAUAGAACUGUUCUUCCCUCUAGAGUUUUUAAUGACUGAAAUGAUGAUAAUAACAACUACUAAAGCAAAUAAUACUAACAAUACGCAACAUCUGUAUCCUGUUUACUCUGGGUCAGACACUGUUCCAAGCACUCUACCUAGAUUGACUGAAUGAAAUCUCACACCAACCCUGUGAGUUAGGUAUUAUUAAUAUGAGGACGCAGGCGAUUUCUUGAUAAAGUAAUAGUGUGCAUUUUGGCCUCAAAGAAAAGUUUCUUCUUGCAUCCACUAAAACCCAGUUGUAAUGUGGAGGCUUAACUAAACAAGAGUUUCUAAACAUUUUGAUGCUUUUACAUUUUCUGUUACAUCCCCUAUGCCAGAAACUCUACCUCCAGUGAAUUGUUGGAAGAAAGCAUAGUUGCAUGUUAUUAAGUAUGUCUGCCAUGAGCACAUUUAAUUUCUCAGAGCUUCUAGUGAUGCCUCAUGGAACUCUGGGUUUAUAGCAUGUUAGCAAUUCCUCACUAAAAGGCACCUGGUAGCUGGCCCAGCCCCCUCAGAAAAAUGAGGUGAAGAGAGCAGACUCGAUGUGGAUAAAGUCAUGCAGCAAAUCAACAACAGACCCAGGCCUUACACCCAGGACUUCUGCCUCCUAACCUAGAGCUUUUUAUUUUUUUUAAUCUUUGUGCUUAGCUGCCUUGUUAAACACAGUUAAGAAACCUAUGAAGUGUGCUGUUCAGCUGGAGUAGAAAAAUGAAAUGGGUAGUUAUAGCUAUUUACCCAGUUCAUAAAUUCCAGUGGAUGGAAGCUCUUAUUCACUCUUACUAGGAAAAAUAGCCAAAGUGAAGAGAAAUUGAGGGCAGAGCAUCACAGCACAGUUGUUACAGUUGAAUGAAUGAAAGAAAUACUAAAAUGGAAACAGAGUUUAAGAUAUUCUAGUAAGAGUGUGACGGGACCAGUCACUAUUGAGGCUUAAGCCUAAUAAAGCAGGUUGAGGUGGUAGGUACUCUGCUCCAGGCCUUGUACUUUGACAGCAGCAGGCCUGUAAAUGUGAAGUGAUAUCAGUUUGCAAAUAUUCUGGCUGCAGCUAUACCAGAUGGGAUUCAGUGAUUCCCAUUCAGCUAACACCAAAUGAAUAUUUGUCACAUAUUUGACACUGAUGAUGGUGGACGAGUCACAGUUCCUGCCUAUUAAGGAGAGUUGGAAGUAGCCACAGGAGGAAAAUAGCUACAAAGGUCUAAAUGCUAUUGUGCAGAUACGAGAAAUGUGCUGCAGGUGUACAAAGAAGAGUGCCCUUAGCUCUGGCCACGGCGUAGAGGGAAGGCUUCCUGGAGAAGCUAGCAUUUUCGAGAAAUGCCAUCAGUGAGAAUUAAAAUGUUGGCGAAGAUAGAAGGCUAGAGGGAAGGAUGGGAGUUAACGCUCAAGGAGAAUCUAGUUUGCCUGGGGUAAAGGAGGAGGCUCACAGACAGCUAAAAAGGCUGAUUUCAAAAAUAUUUUAUUUAAAACAAAGACAGAGGAAAAAUAAUAAUAGCAAACAUUUGAAUGCUGUGCUAAGCACCUUAAUAAGAUCAAUCCUAUUUCAUCUUCAAGCAGCCCUAUGAGGUUAGUCUUUCAGCCCAGCUUGACUCAUGAGGUAGGGAGUUAAGUGACUUAUCCAAGGUCACAUGUCAAAAGACAGAACAAGCUUCAAACCCAGAGCCCCACACUCUCACUCUUACCCUCCCACGCUUUAGCAACCCCAGGAGGAGAGAGUGUGUGCUCUGCACAUUGUUUUUUGAGGAUGCUUUAUUGCUGGGGGCUGCUCCACGUUCACACCAAGUAUGUCCUGUGUGAGCUUACACCUUGGCUGUGGAAUCCCUUUCUGGAAGGCAGUCUUGCAGGCCUAGUGAUAGCCUGGCCCGGGUGCCAUGGGAGGAAGGAGGUCAUCUUCUGGGGGCCUUUCCAGUGCUGUGACACAUGCGACACGGCUGUCUACAUUGAACGAAGCACCACCACCACUGGGGGGAGUACCGCAGAAGGUUGACACAGGGUCUGUUUGUCUGUGCAGGUGCUGUCUCUUUACCCACACUCCAGUGACACAAAAUGCCCUUCAAUGGUGAGAAGCAGUGUGUGGGCGAGGACCAGCCAAGCGAUUCAGACUCUUCCCGGUUUUCCGAAAGCAUGGCUUCGCUCAGUGACUAUGAGUGCUCCAGGCAGAGCUUUACAAGUGACUCUUCUAGCAAAUCCAGCUCUCCUGCUUCAACAAGCCCUCCCAGGGUUGUAACAUUUGAUGAAGUGAUGGCUGCAGCACGGAACUUAUCAAACAUGACUCUUGCUCACGAGAUUGCUGUAAAUGAGAACUUUCAAUUGAAACAAGAUGCCCUCCCUGAGAACAGCUUGGCCAGUAGAGUGAGGCACAUUGUCCACCAGGCCUUCUGGGACGUCUUGGAAUCAGAACUGAACGCUGAGCCCCCUGAGUAUGAACACGCCAUCAAACUGUUUGAAGAAAUCAGAGAGGUUCUCCUCUCUUUUCUGACUCCUGGUGGCAACCGGCUUCGCAACCAGAUUUGUGAAGUUUUGGACACAGACCUCAUUAGGCAGCAGGCUGAGCACAGUGCUGUCGACAUCCAAGGCCUGGCCAACUAUGUCAUCAGUACGAUGGGAAAGCUGUGCGCUCCUGUGCGAGAUGAUGAUAUCAGAGAGUUAAAGGCUACCUGCAACAUCGUGGACGUGCUGAGACAAAUAUUUCACGUCCUUGACCUCAUGAAAAUGGACAUGGUCAAUUUUACAAUUAGGAGUCUGAGACCACAUCUUCAACGCCAGUUGGUAGAUUAUGAGAGAACCAAGUUCCAAGAAAUUUUAGAAGAAACUCCGAGUGCUCUUGAUCAAACUACAGAAUGGAUAAAAGAAUCUGUACAUGAAGAAUUACUUUCUCUUUCUGAGACUGCUUUAACUCCCGGGGCCAAAAACUGCUCCAGGCCAAGACUGAGCCCUACAUUGGUGCUAAAUAAUAGUUAUUUGAAAUUGUUACAGUGGGAUUAUCAGAAAAAAGAAUUACCAGAGACACUCAUGACAGAUGGAGCACGUCUUCAGGAACUGACAGAAAAGCUGAAUCAACUGAAAAUGAUUGCCUGCCUGUCCCUAAUCACCAACAACAUGGUGGGUGCUAUUACAGAAGGCCUACCUGAGCUUGCAAUCAGGCUAAAAAAGAUUUCAGCUGUUCUACUUGAAGGCAUGAACAAAGAGACCUUUAACUUGAAGGAAGUCCUAAAUUCUAUUGGUGUUCAGACUUGUGUUGAGGUAAACAAGACCCUGAUGGAGAGAGGUUUACCUUAUCUAAAUGCUGAGGUUCAAGCUAAUCUUUUAGGUCAGUUCUCAAGCAUCGAAGAGGAGGACAAUCCUAUCUGGUCCUUGAUUGAAAAACGAAUCCAGCUAUACAUGAAAAGCCUACUUUGUCUGCCAAACCCUCAAAAAUGCAUGCCUCCUGUGCCAGGAGGCCUCACUGUCAUUCAGCAGGAGCUAGAGGUGCUAGGCUCGCAAUAUGCAAACAUUGUGAAUCUCAACAAACAAGUGUAUGGACCAUUUUAUGCAAAUAUACUUCGAAAGCUGCUCUUCAGUGAGGAAGCCACGGGGAAGGCGGAAGCUUCAUCAUCUACUAACUAAAGAGGAACUGACAUUGGAUAAGAGAUUGGAAGCCCAGCACUUAGGUACCCAGUCUGUUUCCAUCAAUGGCAUUUCAGGUGCGGCACGUUCUCAGUCCUGUCUGUGGCACAGCGUUAGCCCAAAUCUGUAUAAUCCAGUAAUAUUAGCAUUGCAAAGACAUGCACGUCAUAAUGACCCUGUUUGUGCACCAUCUACAAGUCCAAAAGGAUGUUUUUAAUGAACAGAAAGCAAUUUGUAAUUAAUUAUAUUACAUAUAUAAUACUUGUAAAUGUUUUCUUAAGCAUAUAUAUCUGGCUUAUUCAUUCAACCCAUAAGGAGUUGUAUUUCACAUCAAAUCUAAUGAUUUUUUUAACUUUGGUACAUCUUCUUAAAGGGUUGAAAGUUGUGAACAUAACCAAGGGGAUUGAUGUUCUGAAUAAAUGAUGUGAAGUAAGGGGUAAUCGUAUUUGAAAUGUACAAUUAAAUUUUAUUAAUGUGUAAUAGAAACUUACAUAGUAUAAGUCCUCAAAUUCUACAAAUAUACCAAAUCACAUUUUGUGAUACCAAUUGUCAGUAUUUGUUUAGAAUUUCAAUGUAUUAAAUAUAUUUAAAGCUACAUACAAAUUUUAGAUAAAACCUCCCUUGUUCAUUUAGUGAGAAUAGAAACAAACCCCUUCUAAAAUUUUAUUCUAGAGGGUGGAUUCUUCUCACUUAUCCUGCUCUCUGAGGGAAACAGUUUUUGCACACAUCUCUUCGUGAAUGUCCCUGCAUUUCUCAGGCCAUUGAUAAGGUUUAUAGAAGAUUUUAAUAUUUUUACAUAAGGCAGGAGUGGUUUGAAUUGUUUUACUUGUAAGAAGGAGAAAAAUUGAUAAAAUGAGAUCCCCAUUCUCAGUGAAAUUCAUGUCUGAAAAAGAAACAGUUGAACUUUGGAAUUUUUAACCAUAUAAUGUGCUAGCAAAUGCCUUCUGCGCUGAUUAAAUUCUUACCUGCUGUGACCAAGAUGCUCUUCUAAGUAUCAUCAUCAUUUGCCAUUCUUAUGCAUUAAAUUAAACUUUGCCAAGAUGGCACUGGUUGUCAGGAUUCUAGAGAAAUCUGCAUACUGUCCUGGAAUUACAUACUUCUUCCGAAGUGUUAAGUGAAGCACUACCUUUUGGACGGACUCAGCCUGGAAAGUGCUUUAUUUGCAUGAGAUGCAUUUUGAUUGUUUGGUUUUCUGAGGACUCAUUGAACCUUAGUAAUCUGAUGGGGAAGAGUGAGUAGGAAGUAAAAAAUAAUGCUCCUUUCUUCCUCACCUCCUCUUCCUCACCAGGACCUUCACCAUUAUUGUGCUACCUAAUUAUUUGAUAAAGUUCUAGGAAAUGAUUGUGUGAGUAAAUUAUCUCCGGUCUUUACAUUUUGGAGGGGUCUGCCAGAAUUUGAGGAAAUUUUGAAAGUCAGUUUUUUUUCUCACAUGACCAAUACAUAAAUCAGCCAUUCUGUCCAUUUGAGCAGCUGUGUAUAAAUGGAAUUUUACUGAAGAGCAGCACAUCAUUGGUCUCACCCAUUGUUUCCCUCUUCCUGUAUUUCCAUUCUGCCUGUUUCCUAUGCUUAGAAACCAUAAGGUGCUGUAGAUUUUUGUUUUCAUUUUCUCUUAAGUUGAAGUAGUUUUCAACUGUGUUCACUUUGGGGCCUGGACAGCAGGGAGGGUCUGACAUAGAAAUGUAAUGUGUAGCAUAACUUUUUGUUGCUUCCUGAGGUGAACUGUAUGUUUAACCAGAAGACCAGGUGGUACACUUUUUUAUUAUCAGAUUGGAAUACGUCUGGUAUUCUUAUAUACUUGAUUAUACUGAGUUGCCAGCAGGAAAACAAUGUGCAUUUUUAAAAAAUGCAUUUAAAAUGAAGGGCAUUCUGCCUUUUUUUUUUUUUUAUUUUUUUAAGUGACAAAGUAAAUCUCAAUGUCUGAAGUCUGGAUUGAGGCAACUACAUUUAUUAGGAUUUUAAAAUCCUAUCCCUUAGCGUGUUGUUUACUUGGUUUUUACUGAAAUGUUUACUUCUACUUUUGAGAAUUUUCUUAACAUGGUCUUGUUUUGUAAUGUCAAUUUUAUUAAACACCAUACACACAUUUUCAUUCUUCUACUGCUAAAACAUGUAUUGUGUGCACUAGUUAAAUUUUAAAACAUUAAAAAUUAUUUCAAGAUA